CUCUGGGUGUGGUUCUUCAUAUUUAACGCACCUGGGUGCAAGGGGAAGAGCCGACAAGAGCUGCCGCGCGUGCCUUGCGGUAGACACCGGCAGAACGCUCCGCUGAAUUUUUCUAAUCAAACUCGCGGGGAGUAUUCGCAAGACUCCAAGUGACAUGAGGAUGAACGCGACAGGGAUGAACGGCCCUGACACUCUCUCUGCUGCUCGGCCUUCUGGGCUUCUCCGGGGCCUUGCCGAACCGCGCGCCGGAGGCACAGCAGCGACAGCGGCCGCCACCGCCGUCGUCGAGCUCGGAGUGCCGCUCGUGCGAGCCGUGCUUUCGCCCCUGGGAGCGAGACGUGGAGGCGCUGGGGGUCCGCGUGGGGGAGCUCCGUGACAGGGCCAAGGCGAUGAUCACGGCGGGCAGCAUGGGUUCCGCGUGGAGCCACGAGCAGGCGUUCCUGGCGGCCGAGCGGGACCUGCAGAGGGCGCGGGAGUUGCUGGACGCGUGUCCUGCCGCGGGAGACGGCGGCGACGGGGCGGUGACGGAGCGGAUCGAGGGCGCGGCGAGGAGGAACCGGGAGCUGGCCAAUCGUCUGGGCUCGCGGCAGCGCGCGGCCGACGGGGCCAUGUCAGCCUUGAGCUCGCGACGCGACGGCACCGAGGGGGCCCUGGACCGGCUGGAGCUGAGCGCGCUGCGCGUUAACGGCACGGCCGCCAAAGCCCAACGCUACUUCAACGCCCUCGCCAACUCGGACUUUCAAGGGGCGUACGAGAACAUCCGCUCGGCCUACCGGGACUCCCAAGCGGCCGGGAGCCGGGCCCGCGACGCCGUGGAGCUUCCCGGGGGGGCCCUGGAGGAGUCGAGGGCGGCCCGGCGGCGAGCCGAGACCCUCGCUCGCCUGGAGGGGAGCGACUUCGCGAGGAGGGUGGCGACACUCGGGGCGGCCGUGGGCGAGGUCGAAGGCAUCGCUGGCAACAAUGGCCUCAUCGCUCGCCUCAACGAGAAGGUGUGCGGCUCUCGGGGCGACGCGCCGUGCGACAGCACUCCUCCAUGCGGCGGAGGCGGUUGCCGUGAUGCCGCCACGGGGCUGCUGACGUGCGGCGCCGGGCCCGGAUGCCAGGGUGCCGCCGCAGAGGCCACGCGGGCCCUGGACGGAGCGAGGAGGGCCGGGGAGCAAACGGACGACGCGGCACGCAGACUCGACGUCGCCUUCCGCACGGCGGAGGAGGUGAAGAGGGGGGCUGACGACGCGAAGGAGACGGCGCGGGAGCUCUCGGACCGCGCCGGCCGCUCCGGCAACGACACCCGGCGCGCCAUCGCCGACGUGCGGGCGCUGGUCCGCAAUCUGCGCCAGUUCCUCUCGGAGGACGGCGUGGACCCGGGGAGCGUGGAGCGAGUUGCUAACGAGGUCUUGGCCCUUGCGCUGCCGGCGAGCGAGCUCAGCGUGGAGCGGCUCGUGGCAGAAAUCCAGGGGAGCGCCGGGCGGCUGGCGAGUGUUGACCAGGUGCUGCAGGAGACGCGUCGGGACCUGGAGAGGGCACGACGCCUCGCCGCGGAGGCCAACGCCGCCAGGGGGGCGGCGGCGAAGGUGGCGGAGCAGGCGGACGGCGUGCGGGACGGGCUCGCGGACGCUCGGCGAGCGCUCGAGGUGGCCACGAGAUCCGACGUCCGCAUGACGGACGACCUGGAGGCCGCGAGGAGGAGGUUUGCCCAGGUGGAGUCCCGGGCUGGAGAGGCGUCCGCACGCAUCCCGGGCCUGGCCACCUCCCUCCAAACGCUGGCGGGCGGCACGGGGCUCCUCCUCGCCGAGUCGGAGGGACUGCAGCGGGUUGCCAAGGACGCCCAGCGAGCCGCACGGGAGGCCGCGGCCGGGGCCGAGAGCGCUGCCCAGGAUUUGCCAUCUUUACGUGAGUUAAUGGAUAGGUUUAAGACAGAGGCGGCUGGGAGGUCAGGAGCAACGGGAGGAGGAUCAGCAACAGGAGGAUCAACAGGAGGAUCAGCAACAGGAGGAGGAUCUGCAACAGGAGGAGGAUCUGCAACAGGAGGAUCAGCAACGGGAGGAGGAUCAACAGGAGGAUCAAUAGGAGGAUCAACAGGUGGAUCAGCAACGGGAGGAUCAACAGGAGGAGGAUCUGCAACAGGAGGAUCUGCAACGGGAGGAUCAGCAGGAGGAUCUGCAACAGGAGGAUCGUCAGGUGAUUAA